CCCUGGUAACAAGGACGGACGCAGAAGGAUUGAUCCCGACCGGAUUGUUCGGUUUCCGGUUGGGUGAGACUGUACGGCAAUAUGAGAAUGGUCAAAGUCCAUGAAUUUCAGUCAACCAAUUUGAUUUUCUUCCAAGAAAACAUGAUGAACGGUGUAAUUUUGCUAUCAGCAGUUUUUCAUUUCUUUGAUUCUCUUUGAAUCUCUCUGAUUACUGAGGGAUUCCUUCGAAGAGAACCAAAUGGGCCUUUUAGGAACCGAAGAUUUUACCAAUUGGGAGUUUGAGUCAUACCCAGUUGCUAGCGACUUCAAGUUCGUUCCCUUCUUCGCUCUCUUCUUCUUUUCUCUUAGGCUUUUUCUUGACACAUACGUUUUUGAGAAUUUAGCCAAGAGAUUGAUUUUUGGGAAGGCAUCUGCAUCAGUGGAUGUUGGGACACAUGAAAACAGAAAGAAAAUUAAUAAAUUCAAGGAGGCAGCUUGGAAAUUUGUUUAUUUUCUUUCUGCUGAGCUUUUUGCUCUUUAUGUCUCGUAUCAUGAGCCCUGGUUCACUAAUACUAAGUAUUUUUGGGUGGGACCUGCUGAUCAAAUUUGGCCUGAUCAAAAACUUAAAUUGAAAUUGAAGGGACUUUACAUGUAUGCUGCUGGAUUCUACACAUACUCCAUAUUUGCUUUGGUUUUCUGGGAAACAAGGCGAUCAGAUUUUUUGGUUUCAAUGGCUCAUCAUGUGGCAACUAUCAUUCUUCUUGUUAUGUCUUACGUGUUUAGAUUUGCUCGUGUUGGUUCUAUUAUUUUAGCCCUGCAUGAUGCAACCGAUGUUUUCAUGGAAAUUGCAAAGAUGUCCAGAUAUAGCGGUUAUGAAUCGAUUUCUAGCAUUUUUUUUGUUGGAUUUGUUCUGGCCUGGACAAUACUCCGCAUCAUCUACUUUCCUUUCUGGGUAAUACGGAGUACAUGCUAUGAAGUUGUUUUGACCUUGGACAUGGAGAAGUACACGGUUGUUGGACCUCUGUGUUAUUAUAUCUUUAACACACUUCUAUUCUCCUUGGUCGUUUUCAACAUAUAUUGGUGGUUUUUGAUGCUUGGCAUGGUUGUGAAGCAAAUCCAGGCAAAAGGCAUAGUCAGCGAUGAUGUUCGAUCAGCACUGUCAGGGUUCUAAACCCUAACAUUUGGUAUCAGAGCACAGAAUCGAGUGGUUAUGGCUUGGUUGAGUCUCAACUAUAUCCAUAUCAGUUGUGAGUUCCGGAGGCUGUGAGUUUAGCAGAACUGGAAGAGCAAGUGAAGAUUCUUCAUGAGAAUCUGAGAAAGGGAAUGAGGAGCUGAGAGCGGAAGUUAAGAUCAUUAGAAAUGAGAUUAAACAGUCAUCUCAGAAGUCCAUAGAAGCAAUUUUUGAGAGCCCUCACAUCCAGUGAAAAAUGAUAAAGGCAAGGGAGUAAGCAGUAAGGAUGAAAAUGUAGCAUGAACUGAGGUUAGGGAAAAUUUUCAACCUCUAACCAGAGUUGAAGAUAAGGGAAUCCUCCCUACUCCUGAUGAAUUAAUGAUCUUUCGUCAAAGAGAGUCAGGAAUUACUGUGAUAGUGUCCUGAAAAUGUGCAGUAAAUGUUGCCUAAAUAGAGUUACUUUGAAUUCUACAAGGCCUCCUAAAGAUGAAAUGGUGGUGUUGGCAAGUCUUUUUCUGGUGGAAAGGACUGGUGCUUGCUUCCACAACUCGUGUAGAAAGGGCAGCGAGUGUUCUUGGAAAGAAUUUGAGCAAGGGCCGCAUGGUAGAUUUAUAGAACAGGGAUUUAAUAGAAGAAUUUAUAAAUAUGGACAAACAGGGAGUGUGGAUAACUAUCAAGAUAGGUUUUUGAAGACUUGAGAAUAACAAUGAUUCCCAAGCAAAUUUUUGACAAGUUGGUAUUGAAAUAAUUUACCCAGUAUCAAAUAUUUUGCUCUAA